AUGUAUUCACCAUGGACAACAUCAAUGCCUUGUUUAUUUUCAAGUAAUACUAUGAAUCAUAAUUGUGGAAAUUAUCAUCAAGAACAUCAAAUAAAUUCAGCAUAUAAUAGUAAUGAUUAUUUAAUAGAUUCAUUAAAUAAUCUUGAUUUAACAAAUCCAUUUAAUAUUAUUGCAACUAUAUCAUCAACAUCAUCAGUUUGUUCGUUGAAUAAUUUUAAUUAUUAUCAUAAUAAAAUAAAUGAAGAACAAGAAGUAAAAAGUAAUUAUUUUGAACCAUUACCUUUUAUUAAAAAUGAAAAUCAUUCAAAACAAUUUCAUUAUCCACAAUUAUCUCAAAAACAUACAAUUAUUAAACAAAUGAUUAAUGGAAAAGGAAAACAACAUUAUUCUCAACAACAUUCACAUUAUAAUAGUUGUGAGAAUCUUUUAUCAUCAAUGUCUCAACGAAAAAAAAGACAAAUAUGUACUUUUUGUAAAUCAAAUGGUGAAUCAACUAGUGUUUAUACUUCACAUAAUUUACGUAAUGUUGAUAAUGAAAUUGAAUGUCCUGUUCUUAUGGCUUAUGUUUGUCCAAAAUGUGGUGCUACUGGUAAAUUAGCUCAUACAAUUAAAUAUUGUACAGCUUUAUCUGAAAAUGAACGUGUUUCAUUACCAACAGUUAAAUUAUUUAAAGAAGGUCGAUCAUCUUCAGGAAAUAAGAAUUUAUUCAAAAAAUAA